CCGGGUUGUGGAACUUGCCAGAGGCUUGCCAGCCUCCUUUCGCCGGCGCGCGCUGCUUGCAAAGACUCUCCGCUGCGCAAAUUCACCAGGAAUCAUGUCCAGAGUGGUUAGUGCAUCUGAUUACAGUAGCUUAUGUCCGCAGUCCCAUGGAAUUGUGUUUAAUUCAAGACUCCAGUCCACAUCAUCAAGCCGAUCGUCAACACGUAGCAGUGGCAGCAGUAGCGGCAGUGGACAAAGCUCCGUCAGAUCUAUUUCAACUGUGAGCUCUGUCCCUCAUCCCACACUAUCUUCAGUGGACAUCGAGCAGAUUUUGCUCCAGAGGACAACUGCAAAAGAAGAUGAACUUAAGAAAGCAUUUCAAACACUUGACAUUGACCAGACCCUGAAAGUCACUAAGGGUGAAUUUAAAAGAGUGAUUGAAACAUUCAUUUUAUCCCUGACACAAGAACAGUUUCAUUCUUUACUGGCAAAGAUUCCAGGGAGUAGCAGUGUUUCUGUUCCUUAUCUGGAGUUCCUGUCGAAAUUUGCAAAGCCAGUUGACCCUGUCUCCAUGAAGUGGAGUAAUGUUGGAGACAGUCGCUCAAGAACAUUAUGUCAACUGGAAUGCCUUUUAAGGGAGAAGAUUUCCAAAAAGCUGAAGCAUUUUAUUAAGACCUGUAGACUUUUUGAUUACAAUCAAAAUGGACAGAUACAGCGGCAUGAACUGAGAAGGAUUCUUGAGGUCAACUGCUUCAGGAUGACAGAUUGCGAGUAUGAGAAGCUGUGGAAUCGAUAUUGUGUGUGCCGAACAAACACUUUGAAUUAUAAAGAGUUUUUGCAGUAUCUUGGCAUAAAUUUGGACAAGAAAAAGAAAAGAAGUACAGAGAAUCAAGAUUCAGUGCUGAAACAAAAUGAGCCACCAGAAAAAAAGAAAAAUGAAUCAAGGGUACUUGCACCCAUGACGCCUGGAUAUAAUUUGACAAAAAUCCACCUGGAUGCUACUGCAAGGAGUUUUAGAGAAAAGCUGCGUUCAGCCUAUGAAGAUAUUGUAAAAGCAUUCAGAGCAUUUGAUGUCGGGAGGAGUGGAUUUGUUUCUUUGGAAUAUUUAAAAUCUGUCCUGAACACCUUUGUAUUUCCAAUAAGAAGUGAUGUCUUUCAAGAGCUAAUGAAUAGAUUUGGAAUCAAAAUUUCAAAAAACAUGGCCUGGGAAAGAUUUUUAGAUAAAUUUCAAGACCCCUGGACAUUUGACAUGAGUCGGGCAUCUCCCAUAGUGAAGCAACACAGAAGCAGAAAACUUGAUGAAGAUGUGUCUAGUGACCGAAUUCUGCUAAAGCUGCAUGGGCAUAUCCAAGAUGCUUAUUCUUCCCUGAAAAAGGCCUUCCUCAUGCUUGACAGAAAUCAAGAUGGAAAGAUCACAAGAAAUGAGCUCCGCCGCAUUUUAGAUUGCAUCAUGUUCCGAAUUAGUGAUGAUGAUUUUCAAGAAUUAAUCAAGAUAAUUGAUCCAGAACACACGGGGCAUCUCAGCUACAAUAAAUUUCUGAAUCUCUUUGAAGACAGGGAUUCAAUAACAGAUUCCAAAUGGAUUAAUGGUUCAAAAAAAGCCAGAAAGCCAACUUCUGUUCUUGAAGCUUGGAAAAUUGCAGAAGAUGUCCUAACUGAGCAAAUCAGAGGAUACUGGGUUGAAUUUAGCAAAGCUUUGGAGGCGUGUGACCCCCGAAAUAAUGGUAUCGUUAGCAGGAAUAAUUUUCGAAAAGUUCUUCAGCUCUAUUGUCCCUCCUUAAAUGAUGACCAUUUUAUAGCAUUAUAUCAGAAAUAUCAAGAUGAUACUACAGAAGGAGUCCUAUACAGGAUGCUGUUACACAGCUUAGGAGUUGCUGAUUUGCCAAAAGAAUUAACUGCCACUGCCAGCAUGCCUCCUUCCCAAGGAAGCCAACAGAGAGAGGGAAAAAAACAGGUGGAUCUUUCAGAGAGAAUGAAACAGAUUGAAGACAAUGGCGUCAAAUGCACCAAGAAUAGAACUGUUGACGAAGUAAUUGAAAGGUUGAGAGAUGGUAUCCUACAGCAGGAAACAAGCCUUAGAGAUGCCUUUCUUGCACACAACAAACAAGCCAGCGGGAAACUGAGUAAACCUGAUUUCCGAAAGUUGUUAGAUGAUAUUGGAAUGCCUAUGGAUGAUGACCAGUUUAAUCUGCUAAUUGAGAAAAUAGGAUUUCCAGUUGGAGGGCUGAGUUAUCUUGAUUUUGUGGCAAUAUAUGAAGAUUCCAGACUUAGUGGGCGCACUUCAGAUCACCGAGUCAGUGGCAACAAGUGCCGUUUCUUGUCUGCUGAAGAAUGUCUCAGCCAAUACAGUGACAAGCUUAUGGAAGAAUAUGGGGAUCCAUACGUUGCUUUCCGUAAAAUAGAUCUGAACAACGAUGGUAUAAUCACCAUGCUUGAUUUUCGACGCCUCUUGGAUAGCUUUAUGAUCAGCAUGACAGAUGAGGAAUAUGGACGUCUGCUUGGUCUCCUGGGGAUGAACGUGACUUCUACAUUAAAUUAUCCAGAAUUCCUUCAUUUGUUCCAAGUGCAUGCAACUAAAGAGAUGCGCCCUUGGCUUGCCCCGUCUUACAAACCCAAACAGAUAGCAGCGGAUGCGGACCUCGCUUGUGAACAAGCUCAUUACUAUCUUAGUAUCAAAGCACAAAGCAGAUGGAAUGACCUAGCCAUGCAUUUCCAUGAAUAUGAUAGUGAUGGAAAUGGCCUAGUUCUGAAGAAGGAUCUGAAAGAUGUCCUAUAUAGAUGCGGCAUCCCCAUGAACCCCAAAGAAUUUGAAAAGCUCUGGGCACGGUAUGAUGUCAAUGGCAAGGGCUACCUUACCCAUAAAGAAUUCCUGCAAAAAAUGGGUGUGGAGACAUCUCCUGACAUUGGCAUCAAUAAGCAAUCCAUGUCAGAAAAUUAUGUACGCUUUUUGGAUCAUUACAAAAGAAAGGAGAAGAAACACAUUGACAUCAAUGAGAUUAUAUUCAAGAUCAGAGAGAAGUACCACACCUGUUCCCAGGACUUCCACAAGGCCUUUUUGCAACAGGAUAAAAACAGGGAAGGCUAUAUAUCACUGGGCAGCCUACGUAAGCUGCUGGAAGACUUUCAGUGCUGCCUUGGCUAUGAACAGUAUAGUGAACUUUUAUACAGUUUAGGAAUUAGCAUCCAGGACAACAAGCUCUCAUACUUUGAUUUUCUAAGAGCCAUUGAUGAUCGUGCAGCAUUCAAACGUCGGAGAAGGAACACUGUGCCACCUGUACCACCCAUCAGCUUUGUGCAACUCAGCAUAGAUGAAGCCAUGAGAAAGAUUAAACAAAUAGUUACAGAGUCAUCUGAUUUGUUAUACAAGGCAUUUGCUGCUUUUGACAAGGAGCGUACAGGAACAAUUUCAACCCUGGAUUUCCGGCAGGUGCUUCACCACUUCUGUUUUACACUCUCAGAAAAGCAAUUCAACCACCUCCUCAAACUUCAGCGUCUUCGUGGUGAGCACUCCAUAGACUGGAAGUAUUUCCUGCAAAAAUUUAACUUCCUUUCAGAGAGUGAAAGAGAACGUAGUGAAUUUGCUUGCCGGGACCUGUCCAUCCAAGAGGUCUUUGCCCGUGUGCAGGAGGUUGUGGGGGCUCGCUUCCAAGCCAUUGAACAAGAAUUUAAAAAGGCAGAUUGUGCAAAAGAAAAAGUGGUCUCGAAAGAGGUCUUUAGAGAUAUCUGCAACCGACGUUUUUUUCUUCUGACUGAUGAGCAGUUUGAGAAUCUCUGGAACACAGUGCCACUUGAUGCUAAUGGGAAAUUGAAAUACCCUGGGUUUUUGAGGAUGUUCAGCUCUGAAGGACGAGAAGUGCCAGAAUUGCCUGCUGCAAACUGUCCAGAUGGCCCCAGCAAACCUACAACACCAGCCGAGCCUGCUUCAAAGCUGUCUUCACGGCCCAAAACAGCCUCUCCAUCGUCUCUCCAAAAAACCCCAGCAGGCAGCAGACCGCAUACAGCAACAGUUCCAAACCCACCUCUUCUGAACUGUAAACCCAUUGAAAGCAAAAUCCGAAAGGUGGUCCAACACUGUUGGAGAGAAAUACUGAAGGAAUGCAGAGAGAAAGAUGUUGACCGCCAGGGAGAAAUCCCCGUGGAAGACUUUUUAGCUAUAAUAGAGAAGUUUCGUUUGAAUUUAAGCAAUGAAGAGUUGAAGCAACUUAUAACAAAAUAUGAUUUUAAGAGUGUCGGCAAAUUUGCGUACUGCAACUUCCUUCAGAGCUGUGUGCUGCUGUUUAAACAACAAGAAUUGUCUCCUCUGCAAAGGGUUGUAAUUCAAAAUCCACGAGUGCAGAACCCUCCUGGGCCACAAUCACCAACCUUUUUCAAUGCAAUGAUGAGGAUUCAACCCCAGAUCCUGCAUUGCUGGAGACCAAUGAGACGGACAUUCAAGUUUUAUGAUGAAAGUGGGACUGGACUCCUAAGUGUUCAAGAUUUCAGACAGGUGCUCCGAAAGUAUGGCAUAAAUCUGUCUGAAGAGGAGUUCUUUCACAUCUUGGAGUAUUAUGACAAAACAUUAACUUCCAAAAUCUCCUACAAUGAAUUCCUCAGAGCAUUCCUUCAGUAGAAAAGAAAAAGGGAAGACUGCCUCCAAUCUUGAAGAAUCAUUAGGCAAGGGAGAUGUGAUUACUGAAUUAUAUUUCUUCAUUUUAAACUAAUAAAACUAUAUAAAUUCCA